UUCAAGGUCACUUUGAGGACUCACAAAUUUGACGCGGAUUCCGUGUUUAUUGUUUUUUAUUAUAUAUUGCUGUGUAUUUUAGUACACUCAUGAAGGGACUGAUUAAGCGAACGAAUACUUUCAAGUCUCCGAAAUCGUUUAAGGGUGAUAAAAGUCAGGAAGAGGGAUGCUCUAGAGUUGGUAGUAGUUUUCAGGCUCAAAUUCCUGAAUAUACUGAGGAAAUUGAUUGCUAUGAUUCGAAGAAUCCCCCUCACAAAGAAUUCAGUGUAUGGAUGCCAAAUCAACAGCCUAAUGCUGAGGAGUUGAAUUCUUACCUCGAAUUCGCCAAACAAUACGAGUAUACUCAAGAGUUAGCUAUGAUUUUAUUACAUUGGCAUAAUUACGACAUUGAGAAAGCGAUUGAUGACAUACCUAACUAUUCACCGGCAUACAGUAAAUGGACAAAAAAUGAGGUGAAGAAAUUUUUGAGAUGCAUUGAUUCGAAGCCGAGGAAGGAUUUUGUGGAAGCCAAGAGAACGGUACCUGGUCGUCGCAUGGGUGAUAUAUGUGCAUUAUAUUAUUCUAUAGCUGCACCUUUCAAAGCAGGAAAUAGAAGUAAAUAUCAUAAUCAGCUGAUUGAACAGUGUUAUUCUCGAGCUGUUCGAGCCGGCUUAGUUACAUGCCGUUGGCGAAAAUCGUCGUCUAUAGAGGAAACACUAGUUAAUACUCCUAAACCUGAAUUGACUGAAGAUCCUUUAGAGGGUGAAAUCAAAUCAUUUUUAGUAAAUUUGGUUGGUGCUUCAAAAGCUACCGAUUUACUCGGUAAUGAAUUGCUAUCUUCACCACAGCGUAUCCAAACACCAAUUGUCUUUCAUUCUCCUGCAAAAUCUAUACAAAGUGCUUCUCCCUCGUCUCCAAUAAAAGGUUCAUCAGCUUCUGUCAGACUAGAAAAUGACUUGAGUCCAACCACAAUGCCUACAACGAACGCCUAUCAGACAAGCAGCUCCGAAGCAUCCUCGGAAAAUGACAGUGAUUCAAUAUGUCAAGGAAAAGGUAAAGGACACAGUCUUCCCAGUGGUGCAUAUUAUGACCAUGAAGAGUUUUUAACAUUUCUAAAUAUGACCAAUGAUCAGUUACUUCAAGAAAAGGAAACAGAAUUAUCCUAUUUACAACGCAUAAACGAGGAACUCCGUGAACAGAUGGACAUUACUGAAGCACGUUCAAGGUCUGUCCUUCACAACAUGGACUUACUCAAACCUAAUGAAGGAUUCCCCAAAAUAUCUUACCGGUGGACAAAAACUGAUUUGGCAUUCGUAUUAACAGCUAUGUCUAAAUAUGGAUAUGAUUUUGCCACAAUUGCACAGAAUGUCGGUACAAAAUCAGAAAGUUUUAUACGUGACUUUUACAACAGAUUUCGUGAUCGUUUCACACUGGACAGUAUAAUAAAAUCAUCCGAUCAUGAGGAGGAAAAUUUGACUCAGAAUCCCAAAGUAGACGAGGAUAGUAUGUGCCAGGACCCUUUGGUUGUUCUUACACAGGAUCAUUUAGAUGUGACCAAAAUAUUAACAGAAGGGACUCGUGUAAAAGUCAGCCAGUUAGUUGAAGAAAUGCCGUCACAUGAAAAUGAAAAUGUGAAAAUUGAGUACGAGGAACUGAAUCAUUUAACAGUACAAUCGCAAAGUAUUUCGCAUAAUGAGACUACGGAAGAUAACUUGCGAUUAUCACCAAGACGACAUGCAACACCAACUAAACUUGUUGAUUCCAGUGUCCUAAUACACACAACUCCUAUAAGUGAGUCCUCACAAGUUCCUACAACACCACCCUCCAGCAGUGGUAGAGAAAGAGUACGAGCAAAACGUCUAAAACGCAGUUAGUUUUAAAUAGAAAUAUUUGUUUAUUCCUUUAUUUAAAUUUCUUUCCGUCUAUGCUUGUAUGAAUGAAUACAUUUAUGAUUAUGAUUUAUGUUUAAUUCAGAAACUGUAUGAACAAACAAUGUACCCAUGCUGUAUAUCUUAAUAUUUAACCUUCUAUUUUAAUCAGUAAUCUACAAUACUUUGUUUUAUCAAAUAAAUUUGCGAAGUUCACGAUACUUUAUAGCAAGGCUUAUGAUAUAAC